CACUAGUAGUCUAAAGUGUAAGGAUUCAUCAGUAAGAGGACCAGUGUGUUGUUAGUAGUAAAAGUGUUGUUUCAAGAUGUCACAAUCGAAUGUUUUGGCUGAAGAAAUUAGACCUAGAGCUCUAUACAGCAUUGAUCAAAUAUUAGGAGUUAGUAGUUCGACAAAUGUAAAAAAUAUUGAUGCUGAUUUAAAAGGAGAUUCAAUCAGCGAAGGGGAACUAGUAGAAGAAUCUUUAGACGACUCUGGAGAUUCCAGACCUCGUAAAAUCAGAAGAUCUAGAACAACAUUUACAACGUUUCAACUGCAUCAAUUAGAAAGAGCUUUUGAGAAAACUCAAUAUCCAGACGUUUUUACCAGGGAAGAAUUGGCUAUGAGACUGGAUCUCAGUGAAGCUAGAGUUCAGGUGUGGUUCCAAAACAGACGGGCAAAAUGGAGAAAACGAGAAAAAGCCAUGGGAAGAGAAGCAGUCUCGUUCAUGCAUCCCGGUGAUCAAGGUAUGCCCGAAUUCACCAUCCACGGUCCAGUCGCCCUUCCACAAAUGCACAACGAUCACUUCUGGCCUACGAUGCCAUUCCCUCCAAUGUUCAAUCCAGCAUUAGGGAUACAUUGGCCUCCCAAAGCACCGAUGCAUCCAACAUUUCACGCCUUUCUAUCACAAUACGUUCUAGCUGGAGGUGUACCGCCUAUAAACUUUAGUAGCAAUCCCAUUCCAGAUGAGCGAUCAAGAAGUUCUAGUCCCGAACUACAUAGUCCUUCUCAGUUGUCACCUUCGGCUUUGGAAGCCCUUAGGGCGAGGACGCAGGAGAUUUUGUUACCGCCAUCGUCGCCUCGUAAAGUGCAUGCUAAUUCGUAGAAAGAAAGGCAAUAAUAUUUAAUUUGUAUAUAGUAUAAUAAGUUGUUGAUCAUCAUUUUUGCUUUAGGAAUAUGAGGGGAAAAGAAUUAGUUGCCAAUUUGUCAAAACAGGAAAAAAUAAUUUUUGUACAAAGUAUUUUUGUCAGUGUAUUAUAGUAAAAUACGUUAAUUGUAGACAAUGAAAAAAUUACAGAAAUUUUGGUCCAUUUCAACAUCAAAUUAUAUUAAAUGUUGACUAAAUUUUUAUUAUCGCCAUGUUGGGGAUGAUUGAACUGUCGCCAAAUAGAUCUAUUUUAAUGUUUAUGAUUAUUCAGAAUAAUUUUAUUUAUGAUUUUUGAGCCUCUUUACAGCAAUGACAAGGGCUGCCAUAAAACUUUUGUUACAGUCUACAUAAUAAAUGUUUUCUUCUCAUGUUUUGCCACCUUAUCUACUAUAUAAUAUGGAAAAUGUUUGUGAAUAUUAUGAUAGUCCUUACAAUUUUUACGAUUGCUAAAGUUUGAGUGGUUUUGCCUAAAAUAAAGCCGUCUGAAUGAGGAAAUUAAUAAUUUAAUCUAAAAAAAUAUAGGACGAGUGGUAUUUGAAAAGAUUAUUUUUUCCCAAGCACCAGACAUUUUUAUCAAGGAGGGGACUAUUUUAUUGAAAUAUCGCUCAAUGAUUGGUUGGGAUUCUAAAUUGUUAUUGGUCUAAAUCGGCACCAACUGUCUACGUAAGUUGCAACAUAUAAAAAACUGGUAUUAUUAAUAUUAGGAAAAAAGUUAUAAUAACAUUUUUAUUUGAUCCACAUUUUCUGAAGGUCUCACCAAAAUGUCUUGUGAAUAUUUCAAGAAUUGUGGUCUACGUCUAUGUCGUCUUCGAGAUACUUUGAAUCAUUCUACAAAUUUAAAUAGUAACCCUAUCUAUUUCAGAUUUUCAUAUUUAUUAGAAUGGACAUUUCUGAAAGUUUUACCAAAUAUAGAAAAAAUAUAUUGUACUGCAUCUACUAUUUUAAUCUUCAAAUUACCUCAGAAGACAAAAAAAUAGUUAUUAAUUUCAAAACACCCUGUAGAAAAUAAUCCAAUUCUAUCAUCACUAUUAGUUAUCCUAAUAUUUCAUGAGUCUGUAUUUUGAACAAUUUUAAAAUGAUUGUAUACCAACCUAAAUUAUGAUAAUUUAAUUUGGAGUCUGCAUCAUUUCCUAAUUUCAUAAAAAAAUUAACCAUUCUAAAAUUAAAAUUAAAUACAAUGUGCUCAGUUUAAAUAAUAAUUUUUUUUGCCAGGCAAAACUACAACACCCUGUAGUAUAUCUAAAAAUAUUUUUAAAUUUAUUCAAAUUUUAUUUGAAAUUUCUUUGCGUGUUUGUAAUACAAAUUGAAUUUCCAAGUAUACUUCGAAAAAAUUAAUGUUUAAACAACGCCACCUAGUGCUGGUUUAAACAACUAAAUCAGAAAUAUAUUAAAAUAUUUUACGAAGCAAUCAAUUUGCUUUUAAUUGAUACUAAUUUUAUUUAAAUCUGAUAGACACCGGAGUUAUAAUAAUUUUGUUAAAUAUAUGGCAAAUUUUUUAAACAUUCGUGAAUUUUUUACUUUCUACAAUAAAUGUAUUUAUAAAUUUAUCGAGAAAUAUUCUUCAUCUCAUCAGCUGGUCUUGAUGAAGGUGUAAGAAUGACAUUACAAGUUUACUUUGUAUAGUAAACACAUGCCUACAGAAUUUAAUUUAAUAUUAACAAGGAAUGAUAGGACAUGUUAAAAAGCAGAAAUAAAUCAACCAACUUUGUUUUGCACAACCUAUUUAUAUUUUGUAAUGAGUGAUUACCUCUAAAUUGUUAUAUUUUAAUUAACAUAGCAGCUAGGUGUAUAAGAAUUCUAGUUACUAAAACCAAAGGUUAAUAUUAUUAUUAUUAUU